GGUCCGGAAAACAGUUCAGUCCGGCUGUGGAUGCUCACGAGUUCUGAGCUGAAGAGUUGAUGAGUGGCGCUCCGGCUCCUUUUUGGGCCCCGGAUCAGAUGCAUUUUCUCCAGGAUGGACUUCCCCAGCUCUCUGCGCCCCUCGUUAUUUAUGGCGGGGCCUCUUGGCAUGACUGAUGGUCCUGACCUGUCCUUCAUGUGCAGCUGGAGAGAUGCACUGACCAUGCCAGGGUCCCAGCCACAGAACUGCAAGGAUGGGACAUUGCCAUUGGCCAAGAACCUGCUGUGGGAGCCAACAACACCAGGACCCCUCCCCCUGCUGCCUCCUGGUCCUGAUCCCUGGGAACCUGGCAUGACCCCUCGGGACCUCCUUUUCCGGGGAGGUCACCGCUACCAGUUCCGGCCUCAGGUUGGGCUGGAUGUCACUGAGCAGCUCAGCCGCUUCCUGUGGGACCAUGGGGACAUAGCCUUCACACCCCUGGGGAGGCUCAUGCUGGAGAACUUCAGAUUGGAGGGGAACAAGGGCUACUCGAAAAAGAUGACCAUAGUCAGCGCGAAGAGGCUGCUUCAGGACCUCGGUGGACACCAGCCCUGGGGGUGUCCUUGGGCUUUCCUUAGCCACCGACUACGUCGCUUCUCCAUCCUUGGGGGUCCUGUCCUGAGCAGUUCAGUGUCAUUGCUUUUGGGGAGGCUGCUGCAUGAAGAGCUGGCUAUGCGGUGGGAGCAGUUGCUGCUGGAUGAGGCCUUCACUGGGGGUGCCUUGGCCUGGCUUCCUGGAAGGACAGCACGGGCUGGACAACUGGUCUACCCUAGUGGAGGUGCCUUGGACAAGCUGAAUUUCCAGGAGGUCAGUGUGAACUCAGGUGGCAAUCUCAGGGUCCUUGAGGACCCCGGGCACAUCCAGCUGCGGGGACCUGUACGGCAGGUGGUGACCAGCACUGUCCAGGGAGAAACACUUCUGGCCGUCCGCUCUGACUACCACUGUGCCAUAUGGAAGACUGAUAAGCAGGGGCCACCAGCAUCCCUGCAGGUACUGCAGGUGGAAAAGGGGGCCACUGGUGUUAGCCUCAGCCCUCACCUGCCAGGAGAGAUGGCCAUCUGCAGCCGUUCUGGAGCUGUGUGUCUAUGGACCCCACAAGAUGGGCUGCAGCUGGUCUACAAGGACCCUGAGACGCUUGCCUUCCGUGAUCCUUCUCCCUGGCGCUGGGUAGACUUCACUGCUCAUCCCCGGGUGCUGACUGUGGGUGACCGCACGGGUCUGAAGAUGGUUGACAUUCAGGGUCCCCCAGGCUGUGGGCUGCUGCUGUUCCGUGCUGGAGCAGAGGCUGCCUGCCAGAAAGGAGAACGGGUGCUGCUUGCCCAGUACCUCGGGCAGCCAGGUCCCACCUGUACCCCUCUGCAUCUCAUCUGCACCCAGUUCUCGAUCUACCUGAUGGAUGAGCGCCUCCCCCUGGUGCCAAUGCUCAAGUGGGACCACGGCCUGCCAUCUGCACCUCUGCUUGCCCACCUGCUACCCCCAGCUAGCCCUGGUAGCCCGUGGCCCCUGCUACUAGGGGGCCAGGGUGGACAGCUUCAGCUGCUGCAUAUAGCAGGAGAGGGGACUUCUAUGCCCCACUUGGCAGGGCCUCCUCAGUCUUUGCCAUCCAUCAUCGACUCCCUCCCUGCCUUUCCUCUACUGGAACCCAAGAGGCAGCAGCAGCUGCAGGAGCGUCUGGAGGCACCAGUCAUAGGUCUGGCUGCUGCCCCACCGUGUGCCUCUGCCCCAGCACUGCUGCUCUUCCAGCUCUCAGCAGCUGGGGAUGUCUUCUACCAGCAACUACGCCUCCAGGCAGCCUCCAGUCUUGGAGAAGGAGAGCCACCUGAUCACCUAGCAUCAGAGUGCCCUGCACCCAGGGCACUCACACCUUCUGUGGACCAGUCCUCUUGGACCCCUCAGGCUAGUGCCCGUUGCAGACGAUGGGUGGAGGCUCUGAUGGAGCUAUCCCCGGCUUGUCCGGUAUGGGCCGCCCCCACCUUCUCCCACCGCCGUUUUCUGGGCCACGUGGAGCAGCAGAAGAGUCAGACCAUGUCACAGAAGCUCCGAUCAGCUAUGGCCAAGGGGAAGCUCCUGCGGCCUGAGGAUCUGGGUACACUCCCCAGGGCAGAGCUGCCCCCUGCACCUCAGUGCAGCCAGCAGGAUGAGCUCACAGAGCGCUUGGCAGAAGCCUGGGAAGGUGGGGCAGCCGCCUGGUGGAAAAGGCUUCAAGGUCAGACCUCAGGGUCCCAGGCACAGAUCAAGCGGCCCAAGCGCCGGACUCAGCUGGCUAGCACCUUUUCCUCACUCACGAGCUGCUUGGACUUCCCAGACACCAGUAGCCCCCCUUGUAGCCAAAACCUUGCUACCUCAGAGGCCUGGCCUCAGCCCCCAGGGACCUUACCCUCCCAGGAGUUGACACAAGAGCCGUGGGCCCAAGGUGUGCGACGUGAACGACGACAGACCCUCCGGGACUAUAUGGCCAAGCUGCCACUUCAGAAGGACACUCCAGGACCUGUGGCUACACCUCCCUCCCAGGCCUCCAGCCUCCAGGCCACACCCUUGAGGCGGCAAACACCUGUCCUCUCUGGCUCCCAUCCUCCCCGGAAAAAGCCACGAAUGGGCUUCUGAGUGUGGACAGACGUGCUUGAAAACUUAGCCUUCAUCCUGGAGCUUGCACUGAGCUUAGCCAGCAUGGUCCCCCGGGCAAAGCCUCUACCACCCAAGGACAGUGUGCCCAUCUGAAGGAAUGGGGAACAAGUCUGUGUAGUGUUGGAUGUCAGGUUAUUCCAGAGCUCUGGCUGCAGAGGCUGCCUUGGGGUCACUGAUGCAGGGACCCUAUAGGUCCAGAGUUCCCCACUCAUCCAGUGUAGGCCAUCCCUACCUUCUCCCACUGCUGUUUUCAGGGCUACAUGGAACAGCAGAAGCAGCCAUGGCCAGGGGGCAGUACACGCCCCAGUGCACUGGAGUUGCUGAGAAGUAGAGCCUUUGUGUCAGUGUUAGCCUCCUGUCCUUAAAGGCAAUGGUGUUGGGGGCCUCCUAAGGUGGCACAAUGUUGGUGGGCAGCUGCUGUUGUGGGUUGUUUGUGUGACAGUCCACAUAGGCUCUGCAGGACUUGAUGCUUUGCCUCUGGCUCGGUGACUGAAUAUACCUGUCCACUGGCCAUGAGCUGGAUGGUCAUAUGAGCAGAGAA